AUGUCCACUGCUGAACUUGCUCAAGCCGCUCAACAGGCCCAUACCCUCACUCCCGGGUUCUUGGAGGAUGUUAGGGUGGCCACCUCCACGCUUUUGAACUUUUACAACCGUCACAGGGAAGGUCUUCUGGCCCACCAACGGACGGUGGAAGAGGAUGCAUACGGGAAAGCUAAUAUGUGGUAUAACGCGGCCCAGUGGCUCAACCACCCUUGGAUUUUGGCGUACACGGAAAUGGCCCGAGCGGGACCAUCGGUUGAUUGGACCAAAAUGUUCUCGAUCCCACAACCCACCACCCCUACCUUCUUUAUGGAAGGUUAUGCCGGUCCCUCUCCCCCUUUACCUCCAUCUUCGACCGAUUCAUUGCUCCCAGUCACAGUCCCAACUCCCCCAUUGCCGGUACCGACAGCUUCAUCAUCGCUCCCGGCCCCAACAAAACCAACGCGUCGGGCAAAAUCAACCGAUCCUGUGCCAGCAGCUGAAACGAAGACCAAGAUCCAAAGCAAAAAAAGAAAAGGGGACUCGAUCGAAGCCAGGCCAAAGAAGACCAGAGUCGUGAGUGCGGAGUUCAUCAACAGCAGCAGUGAUGAGGAAACAUUGAAGCCGAAGUCGGAGUCACUUCGACCGGUUGGUGGGGAAGCAAAGGCGGUUAAACCCAAGUCCCAGCCCCAUUUCUCCUGCAUGACACCCAGUGCCGGCUUCAGUCUCAUCCGAAGGCCCAAGUUAGACCCCGACGCCGGUCCUCCCAAGACCGCCAUGGCCGCUUUAAGGCAAGCCAAAACUGCCGAACGUCUUGCAAAUCAGAAUGCCGCGAUUGCGAAAGGCAAUUAUCAGCUUGCGGAUAUCCCCUGUGAGGCCUGCAGCAAACGCCAAGAUCGAGACAUUGUUCCAUGCGCUAUCCGUUCCCCCCCACAACAAGGAUCCUGCUUCACCUGCAGUACGGGUAAGACGACCUGCACAUAUGCAGUAACCAAGAAAAAGGACACCGACAGUGAGGUCGAAGACGAGAUCCAAAAGGGGUUGCAGGAUCUUGAAACAGCCACAGUCUCCGGGGGAGAUGCCCAAGUGAAGAUC